CUUUAAUAGUAUCGAGUUCAAACGGUUUGGGAUUGGUCCAUGUCUAUACAACAGCAUUUAAUCCCAUUUUUGUUAACAUAUUAUGCAACAACACUCCACAAGAAGCAUUGAUUGAUACAGGAUCAGCCAUCACAAUCAUACAUCAAAAUUUAUUAAAUAAAAUUUCACACAAAAAAUUUACACCAACAACGAAAAAUCAUUUAUCAGCCAAUUGUUCAACAUUAAAUAUUAUUGGAGAGAUACCAUUAGAAAUCAAUAUUAAUGGAAUUAAAACAACAGUAAUUGCUGAUGUUACCACAAAUCUUGUUACGAAUUUAAUAUUAGGUAGUGAUUGGAUUCAAUCAAACAAUGUUUAUAUUCUUACACCUGAACAACGAAUUAUGAUCCGAAGUCGAGGUAAAGAAGUAUCAACUCCUUUUGUAAAACCACCUCUUUUAAAUUAUCCAGUUACUCUUAUUAAUCAUAUUACUCUUCCUCCUUUUUCAGAAAAAUAG